AUGAACUCAACAAAUCCAGCAACAGUUUUAGGUUUUGGUACAUGGCAGCAGAUUGUAGACAAAUUCUUAUACUGUGCUAACUCUUCAAAGCAAACAGGAGGUUCGAAGAAAAUUAAAGAAGCAAACCUUCCACCACACACUCAUACAGGAACUACAAACUUUUCUGGCGACCAUAUCCACUCAUUAAGAGACCAUCCAUUAUACAACUCAGAGUAUGAAGCUGGCAAUGACGUUUUAUCUCCAUCUUAUAACAAUGCAGCAAAAAAGACUUUUCGACAAACUGAACCGGGAGGAAAUCAUUCACACACUUUCACAACAAAUCCAACAGGCUCGGGUGAAGAUUAUAUGCCACCAUUUAUGACUGUAUUCGCAUGGUAUAGAGUUCAAUGA